AUGCAAGUUUUCAGUAAUGGACCUUCAUCUCAGGAACUUCACUUUCCUGAACAAAGUACCAUCCGGAGAUAUUACAUUGAAACAAACGCCAAUUACAUCACUCAAAAUUACUCCUUACCCUUACAAGAUGAGCUUGAUUCGUUUAAAUUUUACGUGGUAGCUCGGAGGAAUUAUUCGUUGGAUGUGCCGUUUAUUGUUCCUAGAUUUUUCAGCCAGUAUAGUUCUGAUUUCGGACUCUUUUCAGCCUCUGAAGAACCGUCAAAUGAUUUCUUCGAUCGCGGGAUCACAUCAACUGAAGAUGCUGAGCUAAAUGAUUCUCCCUUCCCAUUAUCUUCUCAGUUUACACAGUCACAACCAACAACACAAUUAUCUCAGUUUACACAGUCACAUCCACAGACUCACUCUAUUCAAUCUACACAAACCAGGGGAUUGUCACAGUCUGCUCAGUUAACACAGACUAGACUAACAAGGUCUAAAUCCUUGGGUAUACAAUCCGAACCCUUGACACAUUCUGAACCUGUGGUACAUUCUGAACCUGUAAUACAGUUGGAACCUGUGAUACAAUCUGAGAGAUUGUAUGGAGAGGUUAGGGAUUUGAAUAGGAUUGAUAAUAGGCUUGAAAAUUUACGGGAUACGGUUGACAUUUUACAUCAAAGUGUUAACAGAAUUUCAAAUAAAUUAGACACGAUUCCAGUACAACUGACAAGUAAGACGACAGAAUUAGAACUAACUGAGAAACCUGGACUACAGGUUUCAAGGGGCAGAUCCAGAGAACCGGAACCAAGGGAUAAAACAAGUGAAUUACAACCAUUGAGAGGCAGAUCUAGGGAACCUGGAAUCAGGGGUAGACCUAGACUACAAUCAUCUAGGAGUAGAUCUAGAGGUUUAUCCAGAGAAUCUGAUACUCUAAGAGGUUUAUCUAGGGAAUCUGAUACUAUAAGAGGUUUAUCUAGAGAAUCUGAAUUACCAAGGGAUAAACCUCUGGAACUAGUUGGGACAGUUGAUGGAAGAGAAUUGGAGGAUAAGGAUGAGAAUCCUGACUUUUCAAGUCAUUUUCAAGAACCUUUUAGGGAAAGUUUAUUCGAUGAUUCUCAAUCUUAUCCUCAAUCUCCUCACAUUUCACCUCAACCCAUCUCUAAACCCGUAGACACUGAUGCCAUGGAGACUCUGGACACUAUUGUAUCAGAGAGAACUCUGGAAAUUCCUGCGAAACCUAUGAGAACUGGUAAAGUUGGAAGACCCAAAGGCUCAACUAAAUCCUCCAAAUCACUCUCAAACACAAACACAAACGCAAAAGGUCUAAACACUGUUAACACUACCCUUGGUACUAUGACUAGGGGAAAAGAGCUGACUACAUAUAAGAGAACUGAUACGAGUAAUGUAUUGUAUAAAUUAAACCGUAAAGGUGUGAGUUUGGGUAAAAGACCACGAGGUAGACCGAAAGGUGUAAGGAAAGGUUCCUCACGCUCAACCUCAAGACGUGGUUCAGAUCUCAAAGAUUUCACCGAACCAUCUAGGAUUACAAGUAAGUCUAGAACUAGCAGAUCUACGACUAGUAGAUCGAGAACUGCUAUAACACCUGUUACUAAGACACCGGCUAUAACACCUGGAGAUUUAACGCCGGUAAGAAGUAUGGUACCGAUGAGAAGAACGAGGCAUAGAAGACCAUCAAUAAAUAGUUCUUCUUUAUUGAACAGUUUGUAUAUAUUCAAGAGAAGGGAAAGUGACGCUAGUGAUUGGCCGUACGGUCAUGAAUCUGUGACUCGGAGUGUGAGAUAUCCAAAACGUUCCAGACUUCCACCAAGUCAACACUGGGCCUCAAACGUCAUCUCAGACGGUACUUCAGUAGUUUUUCUAGCCGGCGUAUCCAAAUCUCGGAAACAUAAACAUCGGGAUAGGAGUAGCACUGAGAGUAAUAUUGCGGGGGGAAUAUUUGGAAAUGAGGUACCGGACAGUUCACUGGUUUUGACCAGGGAGAACGGCGAUGUGGAGCUUAGGCUAGUUGAUAAAAGUGCUGAGGACACGCCGAAACUUAGGAGAAUCUCAGAUUACCUGCAAACCUUCUCCAGUAAAGUAACCUCAGUACCCAGACGCAGAGGCAGACCCAGGAAAUUGCCACUUAUACCACCACUUACUCAAUUAGCACCCAAAAAUAGGACUCAAUUAGCACCCAAAAAUAGGACUCAGUUAGUACCCAAAAAUAGGACUCAGUUAGUACCCAAAAAUAGGAAUCAAUUAGUUCCUAGUGAUGGUACUGCUGUAGUACCUGGGGAUAGUACUAUAGUUCCUAGUGAUGUUGUUUCUGGUACUGAAAUAGUACCAAUAGAGGAAACUGACGUACAACCACCUGACGCCGUAAUUCGUAAGAAAAAGCUGGGAAGAGUGAGGAUAAGGAGAGAUUUAUCAGUGGAUGAGGCGUUGGAGAUAUUGAAGGAGGCUCCGAUGAUAUAUGACGAGAAGGGCCUGGAAAUAUCAUUUGAGAGUCCGAAAUAUACUAAAGAAUUAUCAAUUUUAAAGCGCAGAAUUAACAGAAGAAAGAACUUCCACCAACAACUCCUUACUCCAGAGGACAAUUUCGACUCGUUUGUUGAGGAUGAAACUGAUAGAAUUUAUUACAAAUCGAUUUAUCCUCCCUACGAAGAUACCUCACAAAUUCAACAGUGCCACAUAUAUCCGAUGAUAAUAACGCAUCAAAUAAGAACAUCAAUUCUGGUCAUACCAACAAAUGAAACACUCUCACUAGGAAACAUCAAAACCAAUUUCAUCUGUGGUUGGGUGUGUAGUGGUGGUAAUGUAGUAUUGAUGAUGGAUGAGGUGGAGGUACAGCGGGUACAGGAAAAGGAAUUAUUCUUCCUUUCAAGUUUCAAUCACUGGACCAUAGAAAAUAAUAACUCAGAAUUGGAAGCGCAUAUCGCAUUAACAUUUGUAUGUGUAUAA